UCGAUAGUUUGACAGCUCUAGUUCAGCGCAUAAAUAAAUAAAGUCGACUUGCCUCUGCUCGCGUUUUUUGGUGAUCUUUUUUUGUGUUGCGGCUGCGCUUUUUGAAUCUUCGGAUUGCCGUGCAAUGUGAUGUUAAAUAUGAAGUGACAAAUCCCGAACGUGAAACGAUCGAAUAUCCCUAAAAAUCGGAUGAAAUACGGGAAAACUCCACCAAUCGCAUAGCAUAGCCAACUCCAACAACAAUUCGGAAUCGAAGCGACUAAGGAGAGUGAGAGUGAGAGAGAGGGCAAGAGAGAAGGAGACGAAGGAGAGUGGGAAGAAGGAGAGGAGAGGAGGAGGAGUGGUGCACAGAAUGGAUGUUGAAAUACCUGUUUUGGCUGGAUAUCUUAAUGUGCCGACCCAAACUGGAUUUUCGCUAAAUCGCAUCUCGAAAAAGAAGGCAUGCAGUCGCUACUGUUUGCUAUUCAAGGCCAGUCGCCAUGGGAUCGCCCGAUUGGAGAUGUGCGAGAGCAAGGAGGACCGCAACCCGAAAAUGUUCACGCUCGAGAAUUGUGUGAAGAUCACGCAGGAACCGCCGCCCGAACGCCUCAUCCACAUUGUCAAGCGGCACGGAACACUCACAUUGAGCACGAGUAGCGAGGAGGAGCUCAAGGACUGGAUCACCGCCCUCCAAACGGUGGCCUUUUGCGACACCUCGCCAUCGGGCGGAAUCGGGGCCAUCGAGGAGGACAACGACCUCUACUGCAGCUCCUUUCAGGAUGGCCUAUUUAUCAUUACGCUGAUUCCUUCGGAGGCCUCCAUUCGCUGCUGCAUCGAACCCAAGACGUACAUGCUGCAGAUGACGCCCACAGAACUGCAGCUGAAAUCGGAGGAUUUCGGCGCCACAAUCGCCAUGUGGCCAUAUCGCUUCAUUAGAAAGUAUGGCUAUCGCGACGGGAAGUUCACCUUCGAGGCGGGCAGAAAGUGCACCACUGGCGAAGGUGUUUUCACCCUGGAUCACACCAAUCCGCAGGAGGUAUUCCGCUGCAUGUCCGCCAAGAUGAAGUCGAUGAAGAAACUAAUUAGCGGCGACAGUCUAAGCACUUUGGAGUGCGGCGAGAAUCAAUUUAGUGCGGCUGCGGGCAUGGAACCCGGUUCGAGGAGUCCCCUGCCCCCAUCUCCAUCGAGUAAUCCCCAUGGCGGCGAGUUCGAGAUCAAUUCGACGCAAAGUUGCGUUUCCCUAAGGGGCUUCAUUAGCUCCAACGAUUCGCUAAACAACUUUUCGGCGGCCAGUGGUGGAAGUGGAGCAACGGCGGGCGGAGGAGGUGGUGGAAAUCCAUGCACCGGAGGAGGUAUCACCUUAUCCGUACCCGCAAACAGCAACAGCAAACACAUUCCCAACAAACCGCCACGCAAACUGGGUGGAGUCAGCCCAACAACCCAUUGUGAUAAAUACAGGAACAUUGUUAAAUAUGAGCCUGUGGCCAUAACGACGAUAUCCUCGCCAUCCGCCACCUCCGAUGCGAACAGUUCGGUGAUACUGAAGCCCCUGGAGAGCCAGGGUGGUGAAUCGAUAUCCCUGCCGGAAAUAUCACCCGAUUUGCCGCCCGACUUGCCGCUGCGAAAUGAGAGCGCCUCGAAGGCCCCUCCACCGGAGCGGGAUUACGAGUGCAUCGAGAACAUCACGGAGGCGUGGCGCACGAGGGGCGUCGGCGAUGUGAGGCACUGCGAACGUAUGCCCAUACUCUGCGAUACCUCGGAAUUUGUACGCCAGCGAUCCGUUACGAAGUCCUCGGGAGGUCAGAGUACGCCCAAGAUCAUCGACAUCGACAUUGGCGAGGGUGGUUGUACUGGUAGUGUCACAUCUAUUAGCGAAUCCAAUUACGAUCGCCUGGACUUUCUAUCGCCGAACAACAAGACAUCGAGUGGCUACAAGACCAUUGUGAAUGUCACACUGCCCGGCAAUCGCAUCCGUUGCAGUCCGCCGCCACCCAAUGAAUACGAAUUGAUCGCUAGUCCCGAUACAGAGAGUUUCCGCAAGGCCGACGAUAGUCAUCUGGGAUAUGGGGUGCUGCGAAAGGCCAGCACCAUUACGAACAACAAUAAUCUGGGAAUCUCAAACAGCAACAUCAGCGGUAACAGCAACAUCAAUAGCUCGACGGCCAACAAGGGAAACCUCGAGACUUCUGCCAUCGAUCAUCGCAGUUACAAUGGCCUCAACUACACGAUCGUCAGCAAACCGAAGCGAGUGUGAAAGGAUCUGGAGAUCGAACCGGGUGCAGUGGGGUUGGGGUGGAUCAGAAAGAGAUAAUCAAGGUUUUUAAAUUUCCCAAAACUGUUACUGUUUCCAAUUUAAUUCAGCACACUAGUUGCCGUUGUAAAGAUAUAUACAAUUUGAACACGAGACCUCUAAUUAAGCCGGUAAUUCACAAACUAUACGUGAUAGAAUAAGAUGGGGUAACUUAAAUAUAUAAACGAACCUUGUUCACCAUUUACAUAUUUGCUAUAUUAAGAUUCAAUGUAAAACCGAUCCUUUUCUCGUCGCCAUGGUAACUUAUGUAAUGUUUUAGUUUAAAUCCUACUAUAACCUUACUUAUUAGUAAGACAUAUCUUGUUAGAAAGUGAAACAAAUAACAAAAUCAAAUCCAAAUUGUCUGAGCAUUGGAAACAGUAACAGGCCCAUAUUUUUUUUUGUAUAUUUUCAUUAUUUGCAUUUUGAGUAUAAGUGAAAAAGAAGAGACUGCCGAGUGCCUUACAGUUCUACAAAAAAGAAACAAAAAAACAAAAACAGGCUUGAGAUCGAGGGAAGGGUUUCCUCCGAAUCUCCGAGUCCCAGAAUAUGCCCUUCCCUUCGCCCUGCCAAAAACCAUUCGAAUCGUUCAUCUUUUUGUACUUGUUUUUCGUUAAUUAUGUUAAAUUCGUAAUCUGUGAUUGUAUUGUUAAUUGUGAAACUGUUAAAUUUUAGCAAGCACUGCCCGCCACUUGAUCGCACUCGAAGAAUUCCCCUGCCCUCACUUAAAAUCUAAAAUUAAACACUAAAUCGAAUCCUGGACGCAACGAAAAUUUACAAAAUGUGUAUGCAAUUUGUGCUAAAUAUAUGUGUUUUUGUAUAUUUUAAGAAUAUAGAUUUAAAAUACACUGCAGUUGUAAAUGUUUCCGUUUAUCCGUCCGACUCUCAAGGUUUUGCUGCCAUAAUCGGUUAUAGAAAUCCCUCGAAUUGUUAUUCCUAUUCGUUUUUGUAUGAUACAUCAUAUAGCUGCCAUAGGAACAAACGGUGUAAUGCCAUAAUCCCCGAAAUCUCCCACACUAGUUGGCUCUUUUUUAUUCAAUCCUAGACUGUAAAUAUAGAUUUCUUAAGUGUUGUUUUAAUUGCACUUCUACUUAUACCCCAAAAAAAAAAAACCCAUAAACCACCCCAUGCACAUUCGAGUUCUCAAGCCAGGAUCGUUGUAAACGAAAUUUUUGAGUAUUAUGCAAAGGUCACAACAAAAAAAAAUUAAACAAAAGGAAUCGAAAGCGAACACAAAAAAAUACCAAAAGAAAAAUUGUGACGUACAUUUUACUUAAAGAACAUCAUUUUUUUUACUUACUUUACGUUAACGAUUAUGACUAUUGUAAUUAUUAUUUUUUGUGUCUGCAAACUAUUAUUGUGUAAAUAAAGACCAACAAAAUCAAACCAAUCUAA